CUCGACGUCUCAGUCUCCGCCCAACUUGCGGUUAAAUCGAUUGAUUCUCGUGUUCGAUACAUAUUAAAUCAACUCAAUCAAAAUGAAGCACCUCGCCGCUUACCUUCUCCUCGGCCUUGCUGGCAACGAGAGCCCCUCCGCUGCCGACAUCAAGGCUGUUCUCUCCUCCGUCGGUGUUGAUGCCGAGGAGGAGCGUCUCGAGAAGCUCAUUGCUGAGCUCCAGGGCAAGGACAUCAACGAGCUGAUCGCCGAGGGUGCCACCAAGCUCGCUUCCGUUCCCUCUGGUGGUGCUGGCGCUGCUGCCCCUGCUGCCGCUGCUGGUGGCGCUGCUGCCGCUGAGGCUCCUGCUGAGGAGAAGGAGGAGGAGAAGGAGGAGUCCGAUGAUGACAUGGGAUUCGGUCUGUUUGACUAAAUGCCUCCAAUCCAUCGUGAUGCCAAGAAAAAGUGAUUAUGUUCGGGGGGGAACCGGAGUCUGGCUGUUAAAUUCAGUAUUGGGAGGGACACUACCAAUUGGAACAGUCAUGCCUGCAUUUCUCAGGCUUGUCUAAUGCUAUUACGAAAGAUACAUACGUGAGCUUGAAAGAGCUUCUAG